AUGAUGAGUCUAGGCAACCUACCAAGAUAUUAUAAUGGAUUUCCUAAUUGUAGACAAGAAGAUGUAAGACUGAGUGACCCUGACAGUACAGUUAAAGUACAUGCUGAUAAACCACACUUGGUCAGUCUAGGUAGUGGUCGACUGUCAACAGCGGUCACUAUUAUACCACUACAUAAUGGUAGAACAGAUAUAGGUACAGUUGAUGCUGAAGUUCUACCUGACCUUAUUAUACAGGGGACGGGUGUCGAAGAUGACCAUUGCUAUAUAGACAAUAUACAUGGAGUGGUGACAUUGACUCCAUUGGCUAAACUCUGCUUUAUAGAUCAGCAUCUUGCCUCUGAACCUACCAGACUUACUCAGGGAUGUAUGCUGUGUUUAGGACGUUCAAACUACUUUAGAUUUAACCAUCCACAAGAGGCCAAGAAGAUCAAAGAAGCACUGCCAAACUGUAGAAUCUCCUGUGCUCCUAUUGACUUUCUACAAGAACUGGAUGUGAAUCCGGAGUAUAUGCAAGUGAUUUCUGACGCUGCUGCUAACGUACAGAAACGAUCAUCAUCUGGUUCAGACAAACAGAAAUACCUGGACCGCUCUUCAAAUAAUUCAUGUUCUUCACCUAAACCUCCAUACUUGAAUAAAUCACCAAACCAGUCAUAUUCCGAGAGAUCUCCGAACCAUUCAUAUUCAGAAAAGUCACCAAAACAAUCUGUAAUUGAAAAAUCACCAAAACAUUCAUUCUAUGAAAAUGUGCCAAAACAAAAUUCACCAAAAACUUUAGUAACGAAUAACGGUGAUGAUACAGAAUUUCUUGACAAAGUGUCAAAAUUUGAACUUAUUUCGCAUAAUAGAACUUCACCAACAGUAAAAUCUCCUAUGCGAGUUAUGCCACCUGAUACUCCUUACCAAGGGUCACCAGUAAAUACUUUAACUAGGAGACAUAAUAGUUCAUCAGGUGUUUCGUCUCAUGCAGGUGAAAAAGUUUUCACUCGUGAAACUGUAACGACACGAGUGCCUGCUAGUUUCUUAUGUGGGAAAUCUACAACUGAGCGUGUGCCAAGUACAGAAAGUACAACUGAGCGUGUGCCAAGUACAGGAAGUACAAGUUCUAGCUCAUUAACAAGUGUCAGUAGCGGAGCAACAUUAUCGUGGAACUCAGAUUCUCCGAAAUUAAAUAUAACCAGUGAUAAAACUGUUCAUAUAUCUCCCACUGUGAGUAAAGGUAAUUCACCGAAUUCUAGAUCUCCACUCAACAGUGUUGCCAUUACUCCUAAACAAAAGGAGAAAAAACCUUUCAAUUUCACUGAAUCUGCAACAUCAAGAGUGAGAAACGCCACUGAUGCUGACCUCUUGGCGGAGAGUAUUAUAAAUGGUGACUUCCUGGGAACGUGUGAUGUAGUUAGUAAUAGGAAUACAUUUGAUGGUAUUGACUUUAAUUUUGACGAAUUAACUGCCAGUCAACAAGAUUUAACAAUGAAACAUCGUGAAAAUGUGGAAGAGAGAAAGAAAGAACAAGAGCAAGAGAAAAUAGAAAAACAAAGAUUGGAAGAAAUUCUAAACAUGUGUGCUGAUUAUGAAAAACAAAUAGAAGAUGAAAGAGUUGUACAAGAAAGCCCAAAACCAAAAACUACUGCCUUCUCAAUGCAAAAGUUUUUAGAAAGAAAUAACAUAUCAUCUGAAGUGGACAAACAAACAUUACCGAAGGACAGUCUAGCAUAUGUGGUUGGACAACAGUACUCUCAUUCAACACCUAAACAAGGUCAAGAGUCCUUUACUGCCUCUUAUCCAGUGUCUUCUCAUGUUGGUCAUCAGACAUAUUCUAACACUUAUUCUCCAACAUACACAUCAUCUUCUUCUCAAGUGAAAUCUCCACACACUGUUAGUAAUGUGUCUCCUAUGAUGAAUGGACCAUACAAUUCUUACACAAGUAAUGCUGUAACUCCAUCUAAAGGAACACCUCCUCCUGUGUCACCAAAACCUGUCAUGACAAAAAGUUUUGAUACAUUUUCUACUUCUGCUCAUAAUGAUCUGAUACAACAAAGUACCCCUGUGACGAUGUCUAAACAAUGGACUAAUCAAGUACGGUCAAAGACACCAACAAAUGUUGGGGAUCAGGAUAACUUUUCUGGUGCUGUUACCUCAAAUUACAAUGGAGGGCUUCCAUUAGGAAAUAGACAAAUAAAGGAGAGCUCCUCAAAAAGAUUUUCACCUCCAGACUAUGAAAAUGAUUUUGUUGAUUCUGCCAAAACUGUUUCUUUUACUUCAAACGUUGUACAACCAUCAUACAGUAUGUCAACAAUGGAUAGUAGUCAUGCUGGACAGCAACACUUUAAAGGGCAUAACUUGCCAGUGACCAAGGGAAAUAACUCUCAGGAAAAUUCAAAUUCAGAUUUACAAGAGCUGUCAAAUAAAACAGAAAUGUAUGUCUCUGAGGAUGCUAGUCCUAAGCAUUAUACUGUAUCAAGUGAGAAUCAGUCUCCAAGAUUUGAUGAAAAUUCAUUUAAAAUCUCACAGGUUCAAAGACCAAAUCAACUACCUAGUUUUCAUGACUUCACAAAAGAAGUUCAUUCUUUAGACAGAAAAGAUAAAUCUGAAUAUAGAGGAUCAAUGACAAAAAUAAAAACCAAUGGUUCAUUGGCAAUGCUAAAUUCACCAAAUAAUCCUCAUAAAGAUGUCACACAUGGUUUCCAAAUGAGACGAUGUAGUUCAAAUUCUUCAAACUCAGAAGAAGAAUCGACAAGUGGAACUAAUUCUGAAGAUACUGGAACUAUUAAACGUCGACCAGAAUUAAAUCGUAAUAAAGAAAACUCUCUAGGAGGAUCUCCAUUACAAAGUCCACGUCUUUCACCCCGCAUGGGCAGCAAAAGUCCUCAAGUUACUCGACGUCAUUUUAAAGCAGACGACAAAGAUAAUGAAUUACUCAAAUCUCCUACAGAACAAAUUCAAAGUGUUCAAAAUUCAUUUGAUUAUUUUAAUUCUGCAGUAAAUGGAAUGGCUUUUAUUGAUGAUUCAUAUGAUAACCAGAGAAAUAUUUUGGCCAAUCAGAAUCUUGGAAAUUCUUUCAUUGAUGAGUCAUAUGACAACCAGAGAAAUAAUGUGACCAAUCAGAAUCAUGGAAUUGCUUUCAUUGAUGAGUCAUAUGAUAACCAGAGAAAUAAUGUGACCAAUCAGAAUCAUGGAAUAUAUGAAAAUCUUCAAUGUAGGAAUAACUCAGUUACGAAUACUAGAAUGGUAAAUGGAUAUCAGUCCCCAGAAAGUAAUUCUGUUGAAAUUGACCAAUCAUUUUCGAGAUCCAGAUUAUCUGGAGGAUCAACAGGAAGUAGAAAGUCAGACGACAGGCUGACACCAGUAAAUAAUGAGGCUCCGAUUUCCAAAAGUAGAGAACGUCUGAGAUCAGAUUCUAGUAUGGAGUCCAGCACCAGCCUGCAGUUAGAUAAACUGAAACAUACCAAAGCUGAACUUAUUAAGAAUAUUGCCUCGUUAAAACAACAAAUUGUGGAAAUAGAAACUCAAGAGAAUGAAGCUAUUAGAGAGUUGGAAAUGGAGCGAGCUUUACUUGAGGGGGAGCAUAACACAGAAAUGGAAGAGUUACAACAAGAGCAAGACAGAAUUAAUGCUCUGAAACUUCAACAGGCAGAACUGAUAGAAAGAUCAGCUAAAGAAAGAGAAAAAGAAAUAGAAAUAAUGGACAAGAAACAAGAAGAAUUGUUUGACCUUGAAAAGAAACACUUUGAAACAGAACAAAUGUUGGGUAGUUGUCAUGACAGGGAGAAAGAUAAGAUCAAGGACCAGUUCGACAGGGAACAGGAAUCAAUUGAACAGAAACAUAAAGAUUUUGAUGAUCUAGAAUUCAAACAGCUUGAGUCUGAGGCAAGAUAUGAGGAAGAAAAAGAGAAAUUACAGAAAAAGUUAAUGACUGACCAGAAUAAACUUCUGGAAAGAUAUAAAACAAGAGAGAAUCGUUUGCAGCAGAUUGACUCACAACAACAUGACAUGUUAUCCAGUGUAAGGAAAGACAUAGAAAACCUGGAACAAAGUCGACUGGUCUUAGUAGAACAGUUAAAGAAGGAGAAUACAAAAUUAAGUGAGUUGAAGAAGACAAUAAAAACACAGACAAAAACAGCAGAAGACAUCUUAUCUGACGAGGAGAAACAUGACAGUUAUUCAGACAUCAACCAGAACUCCUCACAAAAAUCUUCUCAUUCAAGUUCAACAACUACAGUAACUAAUUGGUUAAUAAGCCCCACAAAUUCUGCCAAAGGUGAGAGAAAGAAAUCAGCCACGAUGCUGGAGAUAGAGAAAAAUCAUUCACUUUUCGUAGAGCAACAAGGCAAUACACUAAUUGAACAAGAAAAGAAACGACUAGUGGAACUUAAAAGGCGGGCUGCUGAUGAGGGGCGUGCUCAGUGGGAAGAACGCAAGUUGAGGGAGGCCAAUUGUAAAAGUUUUAAUUCUUUAGAAUCAGAAGAUUCCAGCGUUGCCAGUAGUUGUGAAACACCAUCAGAGAAAGAAACAACGAGUUUAAGUAGUGGCGAAGAUAAUUUGGAGAAAUUAAUGGAACUUGAAAGAUUACUAGCUCAAGCUCAGCAAGAGAAAAUGUCACUGAUAGAGGAUCAGGUCAGACUGCGGGAAUCAGAAAUGCAAGCACUGCAUGAGGAACGUUCAAAGAGAGAAACAUUGGAGAGGAAACUUCAAGAAGAAACAAUGUUAAGAGAAGAAUUAGUUCAACAACAAAUUAAAAUGCGUGAUCAUCAAGUUAAACAGGCUCGCCCAUUAACAAGAUAUCUACCAGUACGUAACACAGAGUUUAAUUUAAAGACACACAUUGAAACAGCUGGACAUCAUUUAGACAUGUGUCCACAUGUGACUGUAUCUCCAACAAGUUGUCGGGGAUUCUUACAUAAAAUGGGGAACAAGUUCAAAACGUGGCAUAAACGUUGGUUUGUGUUUGAUCGUGUAAAGCGAUCGUUAGUGUAUUACACGGACAAGACAGAAACAAGAGCUAAAGGGGGAAUAUAUUUUCAAGCUAUAGAGGAAGUUUACGUGGAUCACUUACGGACAGUUAAAAGUCCCAAUCAUAAACUGACGUUUUGUGUUAAGACAUUUGAUAGGACAUAUUAUAUGGUGGCGCCCUCACCAGAAGCCAUGAGAAUCUGGAUUGAUGUUAUAUUUACAGGAGCUGAGGGGUAUCAACAGUUUCUAAGCUAAAUAUGUGUUACCAUGGAAACAAUUUUUCAUCUUGAUAAUUAUUUCUUGGUCACUUGCCUGGGUAUUUAUAGAUUUAUAAUUUGUGUCACAUUUUGUCAUAGUAAAUCCUUUACAAGAUAUUCAUUGUAAUUACCUGUAAUUACCUGUAUUUACCUGUUUUCAUUUACCUGGUGAUCAGAAGAAUUCUCAUAAUCUAGACUUUUAAAUAGUAAGACAGUAUUAAACAUAUUCCUUUAGCUGAUCCAGAAAUGAUUUAUACAACAUAUACAAUAUUAUGUAUUUGUCCAUGUCUUUCAUCUAUGUAAUGAUUUCCUUUAAAUGAAAUGCUUGAGUUUUUGCCAUUAUCAAUUAAUUCUAUUUUCAACCUGAAUUAAAAAGACAAAAUUUAAGGAUGUAAACCUUAUGAAAUAUCAAAAUUAUGUCUGUAUGUUUAAAAAUGCAUUGGUUAUUAUUUUGUUGCUUAAUAUAUAUAGGAAAGGUCAGAAAUAUAUACAAUGUAUUACGUUUAUACAGAAUUGUAAUUUGUAACUGGUUAAUCAGGUCAAAGAACAGUAUUUUAGUCAUUCUGUGGUCAGCUUAUUUUGUCUAGUGCCUUGUAAUUUUUACACAGAUAUUUGAAUACUGCUGGUUGACUUUAGAUACUACAUUAUUUACCGUGGUCAAACUUAACGUAUUAGGUAUGAACAGAAAUAAGAAUAUGUAUAAAACAUAAAUAUUCUAGACAUUUUUCAGUUGUAUACGUUUAACUGAUGUUUUUUUUUUUGAUAAAUGAGUCAAAGCACCGACUGAUAUGAAAUCUGAACAAGUUAUCUUUGUUUUUUGUCGUGUUUUUUCCUGUGAUAUUGACUGCCACAAUUAUGGAGGUCUGAUAAAGAGGAUUUAUUACACAAAAUUGUCUUCUUCCUGUCAGGUUUUACUGUAAUUCUGAUGCAUAUAAAUAAUUAUAACAAUUACGGCCUAUUUUAUCAGAUAUUUAUCUCGGACUUUAUAAUGUGGGGUAAUUUUGGACCUGAGAAAUAUAUCUAUCAUAAUUAUUUUCAAGAUUGAAUAGGGUUGAAUAAACGGUUGGGAUGAAAAUGACCUGUCAAACUGUUGUUGUUGUUAGAAAGAGGAUGCUAGUAUUGAUCAGUGUGCAGUGAAUACUAAAAUAUACCUUGUAUUGAAGAAGAUCUAUUUAUAUGUACAAUGUAACGAUGGAUUGUAUUAUAUUUGUAUAUAUCCAUUGGUUAAAUUCACUAGAUUUUACAUCAUUUUACAAAAUGACUUUUCUUUUUGGAUUUUUUCUAGAGUUCAGUUUGACUAUUUUUGUGAUUUAAUUUUUACAAUUAAAACAAAAAACAACAGAAUUUUUUUCUUAAUUCGAAAUUCGUCUUAACUUCACAACCUUCUAUUUGUUGCAUCCAAUUAAUUUUCAGUUUUAUUAGCCUACAUUUAUUUAAAAAAUAGUUGAUUUAUGCUUUUGACAUUUUAAAAAGCACAAUAUGUAAUCAUAAUGGAUGAACUAAGAUAACUUUAAUGGCCAAUACUGGAUUAUAUUAAACUCAUUCAAUUUUAAUUAUAGAUGUAACGAUAUAUUUAUCCGAUUACAUUAAGGUAGCACUUCCUCGUUGCUAUAAAAGGAAUACAAAUUAUAUAAUAUGUAAGAGGUCUAUCUUUAUCGUUUGAAACAAAUCUUUCUGUACACGACAUCUUACUCUGUUUUAAUCUGACAAAUAUAUGCCAAAGGUAAUUUUAACUUUAUGGUUUAUAAAUUUCAUUAAAACUAACCAAUCCUUUUAUGAAAAUAGUGCAAGACCAUGCAUCGAUAGAUAGUAAAAGAAUAUUUUCAGAAACAUCUCCACUUUGAUAUUUUAUAAAGUUGCUGUUUUCAGAUAGAUAAAGGUAAAUUAUUGAAUUUUAAUUGAUUUUUGUACUAUUUUCUCAGACUAUCUUAUGUCACGUGAUAAGGUAUAGAACGUAAAGAAAUAUUCAGUACUGAGUGACAUGUAACACCAAUGGUUCCUUAGACUGUAAUUAAUAAACACCAAGAAAUUGAAAAAUUUUCAUAAACCAGACAAUAUGAGCUGAAAAACUACAUUAAAUUCUCUAUAGACCCACGAUGGAUUUUCUAUGUUUUUGUCGGCUUGACAUUCACAAAUAAAUGGGUGAAUUAGAAAUAUGUUAUGUACUGUCUGAUUGGCCAGAGGGAAAGUCAUGUUAUGGAUAUUUAUAAAUUUAAUUAAGAUUUGUACCUGUUUUCCCUGAUAUGUUUAUAAGACUGCAGAUGUGAAAAUCUUAUUUUUAUCAUUUUCGUAGAAAGUGAACUUGUUAUGAAGGACAAUUUUUUUGGAAAAGGACACUUCCACUUUUAUAAAGUAUAACAGAAAUUCUUUAAAUUCCUCCAAAUUGGUAUAAUGUAAAUAAAGCUUGUAUAAUUGUGCUAGUAUAUUGAAAUUUACUGUUCAGAUUGAUUUUAUUAUUUUCCUUGAUUUACAGGUUCAAUUCGUCCUUUCUUGUCCUCUAUUAACAGGUUCACUUUUAUUUUGAAGAUUUUCAUGACAGCUGCAGUGAAUAAACAGGUUGACGAAAUUAUUUUUUCAUGUUAAUUUUUCCCAAUUAUGAAAAAAAUCAGAGCAUCCGAAAAAAAAAGAAAAUUUUACUUCACAUUUGUCUGAAAUUAAAUCCUUGAUCCACUUUGCUUUACAUGCUUAAGUUUAAGAUUAAGAAGAUUUGGGAUACUGCUAAAGGGACUUUUUUUCACUUGUUACGCUUUCACAUUAUUACUGAUUAGAGUUAAACAUUAGUAAUGUAUUGUGUCAGUGAAACAAAAACGUCAAGUCAAGAACAUUUUUUAAAUUAUUUCCUAAAAAUAAAAUAGCUCUACUGACUACAUUAACGGUUUCUUCCAACCAUAAAAAGUUUCUAGGUUCCAAUUAAAAAAUAUUGAAGCAAACCAUUUUCAUUUAAAAAAAAAGUGCUGAUUUUAAUGUCAGAAAUAUUUGAUUAUGUCAGCAGAUUAUUAAAGCUAGCCUUACUCGUAAAGUUUAGUUAAAGAUUUCUUGUACUUGAGCACUACUCAAGAAAUUGAUAAGUUUUAGUUUUUUUACUGGUAUCUGUUCUAUUUGAUCACCUUACCUUUAAGUUGUGAUAUCUUCAAAGGAACCCGAAUUUAAUAUUUGUUCAUGUUAUUAGUCUUAUAACACAGACAAAGAAAAAUAAAUAUUUCUCAGAAAACUUCAAAAGUUAGUGAUUGAUUAAGUCUUGUUUUAUUUCUGUUUGAUGUUUAAUGAUAACAGAAUCACCUUUAGGAGUUCAUACAGGUUUUUUUCAAGGUUUCAAUAUUGUUAAUUAUUCAUCAAUAACAUUUCCUAUUGAUUUAUUGUGAAUUUUAUAUUUUGAAUUCAGCCUUUAAUCAGUGGCUUUUUGAUGUUAUUGGUUGUUGAAAUCUGAAACUGACAAAACUUGUUUUUUCUUCCCAUUUCCUUUUAAAAAAAUACUCUUCACAGAUGAUGUGAAGUUGCAAUUUGUGUCAAAUUCAAAAAACAGUUAUUUCUCCGUUACAAAGUUUUACAAGUUUGUGGUGUUUCUUAAUUAUUAUUUAUAAAUGUAAAUGUCCUUUGGUUUUGUGAUUCUUUGUUUACUCCUUGGUUUUGAUUGUUAUUGUCUGUUAAUGUUUGGAGAUUAAACUUACAGAAUUUUGUGGUCAAUGGCUUUUUCAAUUAUUUAGGUGAAAUAAUUAAAAUUCUGUUAAAAAUAUUUUCUUGCCUAUUUUUAAACUAUUCUUAUUAUUAUGAUAUCUAGAAUACUUUGUCUGAAGGGGACUCUUGUAUGUUGAAAUACAAGAUAUCUAUAAUAAAAAAAAAAGCAUUCUCUUUAUUUAGAUAAUAUUUGUCAGAUUGAAGAUUUUGUUUGAAUUAUAUUUGUCAGAUUGAAGUUGACCCGUUAUGAUAACAAAGAACUUAGCAAGCAGAAACAUAAAUUAAUCCAACUUUCCAUAUAUCUCAUGGCACUUAUAUUAAAGGAUACCAGCUCAUUAUCUCUUGGAUCAACUAAGAUAGGAUGCCAGUGAACAGCUUCAAUGAAUCAAUCAUAAGUAUUUAAUUUUGUAUAUUUCAAGGCAUUUCUAUACAUGAUACUGUAAAUCUAUCCUUAGAAUUAGUCUUUUUUAAAUUUGCUGAUUCAGCAUAAUGAUACUAGUUAAUUGCUUUAAUGAUAACUACCUAAGAAACUUUCCUAUAUAUUUUGGGUAUUUUUUGACAGGAUACCAUAACUGUCCUUACCUUCUUAUGGGGAUAAAACAGAUUUGGGUGUUCUCUCUUUGUGUGUGAUUGUGUGAAUGUAUGUUUAUAAAAAACCUCAGCUAUAUAUAAACAGGUGUCUGCUUUAUGACAGAAUUUACUAGAAAUAUCCAAACAAUGGGCUUUCCGAGUUUCUACUUCUAUUUUUUUUUUAUAAUUAACUCAUUUGACUCUUGCCUCUUUUAACAAACCCAUGAAAUCGGUUAAUGGUCUGAAAUAAUGAUUUCCUGUGUUGUAAAAAUUUCCAAGACGUAACCUUUCAAUGGCCUAAACUAGACAAAAAUAAAGAGAGUUAUAUACUGUCAUAUUGUCCAGUAAUAAACUAUUGUUUAAACAGUGCUAUACUACAGUUGCCUUUAUUUGAUCAUAGAUGUAGUAUAACAUCUAUGAUUUGAUCAUAAAUAGCUUAAUUCUGGCUCCUAAUAUAGUGGCAUAUUGUUCAGUAAUAAACGAUUAUUUGGUAUUGAAUAGCUAAAUUCUGGCUCUUGAUAUAGUGGCACAUUGUUCAGUCAUAAGUCAUAUUGUUCAGUAAUGGAAAGCUGGAGCUUUCUUACCUUGUUAGAAUCAAAUAGUUAAUUGAUAGGCUAUUUGAUGUGUGUGAACAUAUUCUUGGAGUUACUAUAGAAACCAAACCAUUGUCACUUGUACUAAAUUCACUAUCCAAGCUUUUAUUGUUAUACUAUUUAUUAUUGGAUGUUAAAGAUUCUAUUUUUAUGUAAGCCAUGUUGAUCUGUUUUACCAAGCCAAAAUGAGAAUAGACAGAUUUGUUGACACAAAUUCAAUUAGAUCAUUAUUAUUGUUGUUUAUAUAUAUUAUAUUCUUGUAAACGGCUCUCAAAGAGUGCCAUUGACCAUUAAAAAUCACAAUAAAAUAUGUAAAAACAUGA